UGGCGCCCUCAUCUCGACUCUCUCUUUUCCUCGUCUCCUCUCCCGCCUCCCUUCGUCUGCGUUGAACCUCGCCAACCCUCGCCCUCACCGACUCUCGAUCUCCUUAACCUCCAUUGUGUUGAUUCUUGCCUCACCUCACAUAAAUACAAACCGAUAAAAUCAUUAGAACCACCAUGAAGUUCGGCCAUAAUCUCCCCCGUAACGUCGUGCCGGAGUGGAGCACGUCGUACAUCAAGUACAAGGCUCUCAAGAAGCUCAUCAAGUUGGCCGCCGGCGAUGUCAAGGCGGGACAUGAGCCAGACUUGGCCGGCUUCUUCUAUGCCCUCGACCGCAACGUCGAAGAUGUCGACCAUUUCUAUAACAAAAAACUCGCCGACUUCACCCGCCGCUACAAAUUGCUCGAGGACCGCUACGGCGUGACAAUGCAGGCCGGCGAGCGGCUGGAAAUCGAGGACGCCAAGGACCUGUUCAAUGCCCUCGUGGAGCUGCGCGGUCAGAUGCGCAAUCUGCAGUACUACGCCGAGGUGAACCGUCGGGGCUUCGUCAAGAUCACCAAGAAGCUCGACAAGAAGGUCGGCACCAACGCCCAGAAACGCUAUCUCGAGACAAAAGUCGAUCCUACCCCCUUUGCCUCCAGUACGGGCGUCUUCGAUACCAUCAAACGUCUCAGCGACUGGAUCUCCUCCGUCGGCGACCCGGACGCCGCCGACGAGACCGCCUCCGUCCGCUCCACCCGAUCUCUGACGAAAGGUGGCGCCGGCCGUCCAAAUCUCAAUCUGCCUGAAAGUCUGCUCGUUGCCGUCGACCGUGCCUUGCAGACCGAUGAUGUUCAUGUCCUAUUGGAGCUGUUGGAGGAGGUCCGCGCUGCCCUCGGCACCACCACCACCACCACCACCACUGCCGCCGCCGACGCCAUCACCGACGACGACCAGCAGCAGACUGCCGCCCGCAGCUUCCAGCAGGCCCUCCGGAGCCUGCUGCAGCGUGCCAUCUCUCGUCGGGCUCUCGCCUGCAUCCCCGUCUUGCUGGCGCCCAUCGAGAAUGAUCUGCAGGAGGAAGAUGACAUCAACAAGCGCAACUGUAUCCACCGUCUCGUCAUCUCCAUCGGCCGCUCCCAGACCACCACCGACUCCGAGCCCUCCGCCGAACCCGGUCUCAUCAACCUCUCCGGCUCCUCGACGACCGCCACCGCCGCCGAGACGGCCAACUACAUCAUCCCCGCCGCUCCGCCGACCCUGCUGCCCCCUCGCCCCAUCCUCCAGGAGUCGCACCAGCCCAAGCUGCUGAGCCGCGAGGAUCCCGCCGUCGCCCUGCUGCAGCACCUGCUCGACCAGCUGCGCCCGCACCAACGCACCGCCCUGCUUGCCAAGGACAUCUCCAACCGCACCCCGCUGCACUACGCCGCCCAGUACGGCUUCCGCAUCGUCUGCGAGAUCGUCAUCCAACACCUGCAGGCCUGGGGUCUGUUCGACGUCAGCGGCGGCAUUGACGGACCCGCCUGGCAAGAUUCAGAGGGUUGGGCGCCCCUCCACCUGGCUGUCGUCGGCGGCCAUCCGCUCACCACCCAAGCUCUGCUGGAGGCUGAGCACUGGCAUGAUCCGACCACCAAGGACCAAGUGACCAUCCGCCAUGACAUCUCCAAGUCGAGCGUUGUCCUCGCCCUGGCCAUCAAGGCCAACUUCGUCGACAUUGUCCAGCUGCUGGUGGACGCCGGCGUAGAUGUCAAUUACCAGGAUGAACAGGGCGAAACCGCCCUGCACAUCGCCGCCCGUUUCGCUCGCGAUCGCUGCGCCCGCAUCCUGCUGCACGGCUCCGCUGCCCAGCGCGCAGACCCGGAGCUGGCCGAGCACACCUACUCGUGGACCCCGCUGUUUACGGCCUGCGUCGACGGCUCCCUCGGCGUGGUCAACCUGCUGAUCGAGUUCGGUGCCGAUCUCACCCGUCCCGACUCCUCCGGCUGGACCGCCAAGGAACAUGCCGCCCUUCGCGGCCAUCUCGACAUCGCCCGUCGUCUGGCCGAGGUCACCCCGGAGCCUGAGGCGGCCGAUCCUGAGCAAGUGAUCCCGGUGCCACUCCCACCGUCAGCUGUGUCGCCUACUACUACUACUACUACUACUACUGCUGCUGCUGCUGCUGCUACCGCUCUGGCUUCCUCGCCCGCCUCCCAAUCUUCGCUGAUCGAGCGCCGGUCCACCACGUCGGCCUCGAAUGCGAGUUCUGGCGGUGCUGGCGCUCCACGGACCGAGCCUAUUAAGACUUUUGGACAUCGGUAUCUUACCGACGAAACCAUGAUUCUCGUCAGCCUGGGCACGAUGGACAUGCGGAAGCCGACCGAGACGGUCAACCUGGACCGGAUCCCCUUUGCGAGCGCGCACUCGACGCAGCUGGACACGGCGCUCUCGCUGGUGGUCUCGGCGAGCGGGGCGCACGGCGAGCCCGAGGUGAUCGACCUGCCCAUCCACGAGAACAUCUGCACGGAGCCGAUUGUCUUCCACGCGGCGGAUGCGAGCAAGGUGCGUCUGCUCUUCGAUCUUGUCCCCACGUACGCCGGCUCGCGCGACAAGAUCGUCGGGCGCGGCGUCGCGCUGCUCUCGAGCGUCAAGCCCUCCGUCGGCUCGCACCGCAUCAAUCUCAAGGGCGACUCGACCGUGGCCGUGGUGGCGGCCAACACGCUCGAAGUCAUCGGGUCGGUGACCUUUAACUUCCUCAUCAUCACCCCCUUCCACCACCCGAAUCUGUCCAUCACAAGCGACCACACCUACUGGCGCCGCAUGAGCGACACGAUGGUCAUCGGCCACCGUGGUCUCGGCAAGAAUAUCGCCAGCCGCAAGUCCCUGCAGCUGGGCGAGAAUACCGUCCAGUCCUUCAUUGCGGCCGCCAACCUCGGCGCUUCGUACGUCGAGUUCGAUGUCCAACUGACCAAGGACCACGUCCCGGUCAUCUACCACGAUUUCCUCGUCAGCGAGACCGGCAUCGAUGCCCCGGUCCAUACCCUCACGCUCGAGCAGUUUCUGCAACUGGGCGACCACCGGGCCUGGAAGGGGCUGCGCGCGGGCUCGCCGCCGCGUCUGCAGACGACGAGUAGUGCUUUUCCUGACGUUGCCACUCCUACCACCUCUACUAGCGCUGGUGGUGGUAGUAUUGCAGCACAGCGCCAGCGGGCCAUGUCCGUCGGAGGCUCCGAGUACGACCCAUCGGAACUCAACGAGCGGAUCAAGCACACGCGCGAUUUCAAGAAAAAGGGAUUCAAGGGCAACAGCCGGGGCAACCAUAUCCAAGCCCCCUUUGCGACGUUGGAGGAACUGUUCCAGAAGCUGCCGAAAUCGGUGGGAUUCAAUAUCGAAAUGAAAUACCCGAUGCUCCACGAGAGCGAGGAGGAGGAGAUGGACACGUACGCCGUCGAGCUCAACUCGUUUGUCGACACAGUCUUGAAAAUGGUAUAUACCCUCGGCUCGGACCGGAACAUGAUCUUCUCCAGCUUCAACCCGGACAUCUGCCUCCUGCUCGCCUUUAAGCAGCCUUCGAUUCCGGUCCUCUUCCUCACGGACUCGGGCGCUUCCCCCGUGGGCGAUAUCCGCGCUUCCUCCCUGCAGGAAGCCAUCCGCUUCGCCUCGCGCUGGAACCUGCUGGGGAUCGUCUCCCAGGCGGAACCGCUGGUCUUGUGCCCGCGUCUUGUUCGCGUUGUUAAAGAGUCGGGUCUUGUCUGUGUCUCGUAUGGGGCUAUGAACAACGAACCUUCAAACGUAAAGUUGCAAGUCGCUGAAGGCAUCGACGCCGUCAUCGUCGACUCCGUCCUAGCCAUCCGUAAGGGCCUCACAGAAAGCGGGAGCAAGGGAAUAACCCCCGCGGUGUCGCCGCGCCCGGGACCCAUCUCCUCGCAGGAGGAAGCCCGGCUGAAAGAGACGAUGAACAUUCCUGUUUUGGAUACCGCGGUGCGGACGGACCAUUUGCAUAUAAAUCCGGCACUUGGAUAAGUUGAUGUAGGAAUAUAUAUUCAAUCAUUCAAUCGGAUAAAUCAUUUUUUUUUUUUUCAAGUUAGAACCAAAACUA